AUGCGGUGGGUGCUGCAGUACUUUUCUGCCGGGAUCGAGAUGAUGCAAAUCGCCAUGCGGCGAUGCGCAGAAUUUCUUCCUCUUUCGAUUUUGGCUGGAGCUGAAGGUCCUCAAUCUCUCGUGGCUGCUGCUACAGCGGCCGCUGCAAGAGCUGGCGUGCCGCUGUGUUGGGGCAGUGACGGCAGGCUGCUCUCCCCACCUUCGACGGCAGCAGCCGCAGGAACGGCAGAGGCUUCGCUCUCAGUCGUUGUUGUGCCUCCAGAAGGAAUAGAAGACAUUCCAGCAGCGCAUGCGCAAGUGGGGGCACAGCAACUGUCUCGUGACCGAGUGCUACACCACAUUAACCGUAUGGCCCCCAUACUGGAGCUGCGGUGGAUUGCUCAGCAGCGCGAGCUGCAGGAGCAGAGGCUGCAGCAGCAGUUGCUCCUGCAGCAGCAGCAAGAGGAGCAGAAACGUUUGCAGCAAGAGAUGCUGUUGCAGCAGGAACGGCUGGUACAAGAGCAGUUGGCAGAGGAAGCACGGGAGAUUGCGGCGUCUCUGCCUUUGCGGCCAGCGCCAGAUAAUGCGAAGCCGCAGCAGCAACAACCAUAUCAGCGUAGUCCGCAGCCACAGCAGCAACAACAGAAGCGGAAGCAGAAGGAUGGGGAUGGUUUUAUCGAUGACUCCGCGGAAGGCGCACGCAGUGCGGCCGAGGAGGACACCCCGAAGCGCCGCAAAGACAGCAGCAGCAAGAAGAAGAAGAAACAAAAGAGAAAAAAGCGGAGUAGAUACACGGACGAUGACGAGCGGUUGAUGCUUGCAGCAGCAAUUGACGCUGCACAGGAGGAGGGGUUCGGCUCUGCAACUGUAGCAGAGGAGAGAGAGGGUGCAACACAAACCUCCCCAGCAGCUGCGGACGGCGAUGUUGGGGUCGCUGCGUCUUCUUUGCCUGCAGCCUCUGCAGAGGCUGAUGGUACAGCCACUGGGGACGAGCAGUUGCUUUCUCCAGCGAAGCGGCAACGUGAUUUGGCGGUUGGCGAUGACAUGGAGGCUGCAUCGCCAACUGCAGGGGCAGCGAACCGAGGAGAAGCAGCAGAGGACUUAGUGCAUGACGACAGCGACGACGCAGAAGCAUCUAGCGCCUUCCGAAAGAAGCACAGCAAACAUAAAUCCAAAAAGAGGAAAAAGAAAAGAAGCAAAAAUGUAGGAGACUCAGACUAA